AUGGACCCCGACGUGGACUACGAGCGCCCCAACGUCGAGACCAUCAAGUGCGUCGUGGUGGGCGACAACGCAGUGGGCAAGACGCGGCUGAUCUGCGCCCGCGCCUGCAACGCCACGCUGAGCCAGUACCGGCUGCUGGCCACGCACGUGCCCACCGUGUGGGCCAUCGACCAGUACCGCGUCUGCCAGGAGGUGCUGGAGCGCUCCCGCGAUGUGGUGGACGAGGUCAGCGUCUCCCUGCGCCUCUGGGACACCUUCGGGGACCAUCAUAAGGAUCGGCGCUUCGCCUACGGCAGGUCGGACGUGGUCGUGCUCUGCUUCUCGCUGGCAAACCCCAACUCGCUGCGGCACGUGAAGACCAUGUGGUACCCCGAGAUCAAGCACUUCUGCCCGCGCACGCCCAUCGUGCUGGUGGGCUGCCAGCUGGACCUGCGCUACGCCGACCUGGACGCCGUCAACCGCGCGCGCCGGCCGCUGGCCAAGCCCAUCAAGCCCUCGGACAUCCUGCCGCCGGAGCGGGGGCACGAGGUGGCGCAGGAGCUGGGGGUGCCGUACUACGAGACCAGCGUGGUGGCGCAGUUCGGGGUGAAGGACGUGUUCGACAACGCCAUCCGCGCCGCGCUCGUGUCCCGCCGCCACCUGCAGUUCUGGAAGUCCCACCUGCGCAAGAUGCAGCGCCCGCUGCUGCAGGCACCCUUCCUGCCCCCCAAGCCCCCCCCGCCCCUCAUCCAGGUGCCCGACGCGCCCCCCGGGCUGGGGGGGGGCCCGGCCGCGCUGUUCCGGGCCCCGCUCUGCGCCGACGUCGUGUUCCAGCUGCAGGGCGGGCACCGCGUCUUCGCCCACCGCGUGUUCCUGGCCACCGCCUGCUCCCGCUUCUACGACCUGUUCACGCUCGAGGGGACCCCCGGCGAGGGGGACGGGGGCACCCGCGACCUGUCGGGGUGGGGCCGCGGGUUCCUGAGCCUGCACUGGGAGGAGGUGCCGGAGCCGGCGGCGGGGCGGGCGCGGCGCAUGGCGGUGGUGGCCAUGGACCGGGCCGUGCGGCCGGAGCCGCUGCGCGCCGUGCUGGAGUACCUGUACACCGGGCGGCUGGAGCGGCCCCACGCCGACCUGCGCCAGGUGGGCGCCGUGGCCGAGCUGCUCGAGGUGUUCGACCUGCGCAUGAUGGUGGCCAACGAGCUCAACCAGGAGAGCUUCAUGAACCAGGAGAUCACCAAGGCCUUCCACGUGCGCCGUGCCAACCGCGUCAAGGAGUGCCUGGCCAAGGGCGUCUUCGCGGACGUGGUGUUCCGGGUGGAUGACGGGCUGGUGCCGGCGCACAAGCCGCUGCUCAUCGCUGGCUGUGACUGGAUGAGGGCCAUGUUCCGGGGGGGCUUCCGCGAGAGCUACGCCCAAGAGGUAUCCCUGCCCGGCACCAACUGCGCCUGCCUCCGCGCCGUGCUCGACUUCCUCUACACGGGGGUCUUCACCCCCACGCCCGACCUGGACGCCAUGGAGCUGCUCAUCCUCACGGACCGGCUGUGCCUGCCGCGGCUGCAGGCGCUCACCGAGCAAUACGCCGUGGACGAGCUGCUCCGAGCCUUCAUGCAGCGCGUGGAGAUCGACGAGCAGGUCAUCAUCUACCUGGAGAUGACGCAGUUCCACAACGCCCACCAGUUGGCCGCGUGGUGCCUGCACUACAUCUGCACCAACUACAACCGCGUGUGCCGCCGCUUCCCCCGCGAGAUGAAGUUCAUGUCCCCAGAGAACCAGGCGCACUUCGAGCGGCACCGCUGGCCCCCGGUGUGGUACCUGAAGGAGGAGGAUCUGUACCUGCGCUCCAAGAAGGAGCGGGAGCGCGAGGAGCAGCUCCAGCGCAAGCAGCACCCCCGCAGCAAGUGGUGCUUCUGGCGGCCCUCGCCCCCCGUGUCCUGAGCUGGGGACGAGGGGCUGGGACCCCCGCGUGGGGCUGGGGGGCUUGGCUGGACUGGGAGCCCCUGUGUGGGGCUGGGGGGCUCGGCCAGGCUGGGGGGGCCCGUGUUGGGCUGAGGGGCUCGAGGCUGGGACCCCCACAUGGAGCUGGGGGGCUUGGAUGGGCUGGGGGUCCCUGUGCUGAGCUGAGGGGCUUGAGGUUGGGACCCUCACACUGGGCAGGGGAGCUCAGCUGGGCUGGGGGUCCCUGUUCUAAGUGAGGGGCUUGGGGCUGCGGCUCCCACGCUGGGCUG